AUGAUGACUUUGCAGAAGAUCCAGCUGGUGUUCCUCCUGGGUAUUGGAUGGUUGAGUUCGAACCCCUCAUUUUGGCCGCCUUGGGUGGUGGCGGAACCCAGGCACACAACAGAGCACUUCAGGGGGCAUGCCUCCAACGCGCGUGCUGAGAUACCACAAGUGACGAGCAUCGUGAUUACUCUCUUUCAUGUACCCCGAGGAGAGUAA